CGACUUAAAUCUAAACUAAAAGAAGAGUCGCAGACGAAAAGGAAAGAAACAGGAAGAAGGAGAAGCAGAAGAAGAAGGCAAGUGACGGCACCACAAUGACUGCGACUAGGAGACUAUGCAAGGAGCUUGAGGACAUACGUAACAGCGGAUUAAAACAUUUCCGCAACAUCCUAGUGGAUGAAGCAAAUAUGCUGAACUGGCAAGGGCUCAUUGUUCCUGAUAGUCCUCCAUAUGACAAAGGAGCAUUUCGGAUUGAGAUUAUCUACCCUGCAGAGUACCCUUUCAAGCCCCCUAAAAUCAUUUUCAAGACAAAAAUCUACCAUCCUAACAUUGAUGAGAAAGGCCAGGUCUGCCUGCCCAUUAUAAGUGUUGAGAACUGGAAGCCAGCCACAAAAACCAGCCAAGUGAUUCAGAAUCUCAUCAACUUGGUGAACCUCCCUCAGCCUGACCACUCACUGAGGGUAGACCUGGCAGAAGAAUACACUAAAGACCGCGCAAAGUUUCUGAAGAAUGCUGAGGAAUUUACAAAAAAACACAGCGAAAAGCGGCCUCUGGACUAGCAACACAACACUGACGCGCACACACACACACACACACACACACACACACACGCUCAUACGGCUGUUGGUCUCUUUUCAGUUUCUUGUCCAAAGAGCCCACCCUGACUGUCUCUUCUUACCCCUAAACUACACGAAGACGCCCUGUUCUUGUGCACCUACCACUCUGUAAUGGGGGCUUUUGUUUCAGUUUCACAUUUUCAAACAAACAAACAUAAAGCAAGACUUUUGGAUGAAUAGACAGAACAUUGUCUCUAGGUGUCACCUUUUGGUUGUUAAUAACUUCUUUCUACUGAUUUCUGUUCAGAAAACUUCACAAGAUUGUCAGACGGUAUUCUGGAAAUUUCAAUGACUGAAAUAUUAAAAGAAAUGUUUUGCUUAAUUAAUUGCUAUAAGUUUUCUCAUAAUAAUGAGCCCAUGAAAAUUUGUUUACAUAUGUUAAGCUUUUUUUUUUCCAAAAAGUUGACAGCUUCUCAAGCUGUUGUUGAUAUCCUUUCGUUUCCUUCUGCUCCCCCCCCCCCCCCAUGAUACACUGUACCAUGUGACGUUAACUGUUGCAGUCCAUGAAAAUUAAAGUUUAUUAGUGAUGCAAAAUUAUAGAUGGAAAAAAAUUUAAAGAGACAAAGAAAUUUAUGAAAAUGCUACAAAAUCCAUGUGUCAUUUGAAGUGUUUUUAUAUUUUGAAAUGUUGAGGGGGAAAAAACCAUCCCUUAUAAUUAAAGUGUUUUCACCUCCUUGGUCUCCCAGGAAUGCGUAUACUGUCAGUGAGCAUUAAAUAGUUUUUUGUUUGUUUGGUUUUUUUUUCAAUAAAGGUGGAAAAUUGUCUCAUUGUCAGAUACAAACUGUGAUUCAGGUCUACUGACAUAAGAGAACCUUAAAACUACAAAUAACAAUCACUCCUGAUUAUGAUUACAUGCUAAUGUUGCACAAUAUCGACACAAUUUCUAAAGCACUGACUGAUUAUUUUCCUGCAGUAUUCUUGUCAUCAGCUUUUUUGGUCAAUAAACUUACUACUAUCCAAUUAA